AUGAAAUCCUCAAAAUCCAACCGCCUCGGCCUUUCGUCGCGCGGUCAUUCCUCGCGCUCCAACGAGAACCAGACUUCUUCAUCGGCUUCAGUUAAACGAGCGAAAGAGGAGGGCGGCUCGGAAAAUAGGCCUGCUGCAACCACCCAGACACCAUCCGCGCAUUUGGUCCACUCUCAAGUUACCAAUGUCUUGUCACGCGAGCCUGCUGUUAUGGACGCAAUGAAGCGCAAAAUGAGCAUUGCCUUGGCUCAGAAGCAACAGAUGAAAUCUUCAAAUAACACUUCACCUGCAGACACAGCAAAAGCCGAUGAUGGUGGUGAACCCUUGCUCCCACUUUCCCAAACCGAGUCCAGCUCCGAUGAAUCCAUCAACACCGGCACUAUGUCCACGGGCUCUUCACGAACCAUUCGAGCCUCCUUCGACAUGACUCCUGGUACCGUGAGGACCCCUUCUUACCCCUUCCCUCGUAUGAACUUGCGUCUCGAUAGAGGCUUAAGUCAACGCUCGGGACCCUCACAUAGACCUUUUACCCUGUUAUCACCCACGAACGAACCCCUCAACAGCGAUCCUCGUGCAGUUGCGCCUCUCUCCCGAACACAAACAGCUUCAGAUGCUUCCACACCCGUAGGGCAGACCCCCAUGAGUCAGUUCUACCCUGAUGAUCCAAAUUUCCCAGCUCCGGACUUAUACGAUUUGAUCCUCAUGUUGAACGCGGAACCAGGUCUUGAUAUGUGGUGGGUCAAUGUUACCGAGAUAUUGUCCGAAGCAUACGGAGCCGAUCGAGCAUCCUUGGCCAUCCCUGGUGACAUUACUGAUCUCGAAAAUGUUCCUUGGGGACAAAAGGCAACCUAUAGCAUAUAUGGCAGCGAUUCCAACCCUUCUCAGUUUGACUCUCUUUCAGCAUCCGAGCUGGAAUAUCGUUCUGUAAGUGGGCAGUCUGAAGCAAGCAGGGGUAUUGGCGAAGUCACUACAACACAGUCUCGUCGCCCUCCUCUACUCUCCCGACAUUCUAUCGCAGGCCCCUUUCCCGAUGCCCAAAUUCGAGGUGCCCGACAGCGACCUGCAGGUCCAGUUCGUGCUUACAGCACUUCACCAAAGGAGCAAGAUGAUAUUUCCUCUACAGCACCGCCCGUGAUGCCCAGGUUGACAAAGCAAUCCCCCACACCCCGCUCCCUAUCUACCACCGAAUCCGAACCUUUCCCUUUCGAUGUGACCUAUAACUCCUCCGGGUCUGCUUCAUCGACAUUGCGCUGUCACGUGCACCGUACCAUCCAACCACUCGAAGUGGAGGCUGAUGCGCUCCUCGUGCGGACCACGGUGUCUUCUCUCUUUGGUAAGAGGAAACCCGUGGUCAUGACCCGAGCAUAUUCGGAGCAUGCACCUAGAUCUCAACAAUACCGGAGUGCACCACCUACGCCUCUGGCAGAUCCAAAUGAAGAGCGCAAAGGAUCUCGACGAGAGGAUCCUUUAGCUUCCCGUUCAUUUCAGCCCAUUGACGAAUAUGAACAGCCUGAACCUUCGCCAUGGUCGCAGAGUCCAUCACCGUCACCUGCUGCUCGUCCUGAUCCCAGUGAAUCCCCAUUUUUUGUACAGCCAACCGCGUCCAUUGAUGAGACUGCGUUCGAACAAAAUCCUCCAGUUUACGAUUAUGCCACUUCGGCAAAUCAGUCUCUUAACGCAAUCGGGGCGGAAAUGUCCAAAACUUUGGUCCACAUUCCACUAAUACAGCCUUUGUUGUCCAGAGGCGCAAUAACAUCCAACUUGCGCUUCCCUAUUGCUAUCUUGUCAUUUUCUUCCACAUUGAAUCCUUAUCCACGGAGCCUGCGACACUCACUGGAAGCCCUGCUACCUCACCUGGCCAGUUCGUAUUCAUUGGCACAGCAGUAUUCUAUCAUCCAUGACCGAGUUCGUGGGAACCCCAAUACACGGCAUGGUGGUGCUUUUGGUCUUGGUGGGACUUUCUCGGACGAAGGGUCCGAGCUGGAGCUCGUGGCAGAGCUGAGCGGACAAAUUGCCCAGGACAAGGAUAAAGCAAGGGUCUUCAGUUAUCAAGGCAAUAUCAGUCCAGGCCCGUUGAAGGAAAGUCCCUCAAGCUCAGUCGCCUCGACUCCACUUGUUGAACACUUUGGUUUCAGCACUGGCCAUCCAGCCACACCAGGCAAGUCAGGUCUGGAAAUGGUGGACAGUUACUUUUCCGCCAGAAGGCUGAAGGCGGGAAACCAGUACCCACUGACACCAGGUGGCCGUGUCAUCAAAGAAGAAAAUGAGAACACAAAGCGUCCGCAGGACAAAUCAACAUCAAACAUGAAGGCGACUAAGAAAGGGACAGCAACAGGCAAAGCGCCAGCCGAGCCUCAAAGUCCCCUGACUGGCAGAACAGCAAGCAGUGCUUCGGAAAGUGAAAUCAGCGAUCAGUUAUGGACCGGUUCAUCCGCAUCUCGGAGGUUUCCUCAGCAUCGGGAGAGCUUGCCUAGAGAUGACAGUGAACGCCCGCUGCCUGAGCUGAUCUCCUCCCUCAUGCUGAACGCAAUUCCUCUACAACUGUUUCUGGCUAAACCAGGUAGUGGAGAUCUCGUGUGGACGAAUCGUAAGUUUGACGCCUUCAGAAGUCAGGGAGAUGGGCGUGUCCGGGAUCCUUGGAAGAAUGUGCAUUCUGCGGAUCGAAGUGGCUUGGUGCGGUUGUGGAAUGAUGCCAUCAAAAGUGGAAGCCAAUUCACCCACUACAUUCGGGUUAAGCGUUUCAAUAGUGACAGUGACUUUCGAUGGUUCGUCUUCCGGGCCAGUACACUCUUGAGCCAUAAUGGUCGCUUGUUAUAUUGGAUUGGCUCGUUCUUGGACGUCCAUGAACAGUAUAUCAAAAACCUCGAGGCAAGUGAAAGGGAGGCUACAAUGGCGCGUGACAACAAAAUCCGGGCACUAGCUGAUGCUAUUCCACAAGUAUUGUUUGAAGCUGUCGAAGGUGAUGGCAUCGUGGCUGUCAAUCAACAAUGGCAUGCAUUUUCUGGACAAACCUUGGAGGAUGCCCGGGGUCUAGGCUUUGCGAAGCACGUUCAUCGUGAUGAUCUUCACAAAUGCGGAGUGCUCUCGCCUAAUGACGUGGCAACCAUCACCAGAUCUCUCUCUCCAAACACCAGCUCUUCCAGCGAUUCAAACAGGACCAUGGCGCCUUCUAUGCCCACACAUAUGACUCUUUUUGCGCCAGAUCAGGUACUACUUGACCGCAUGAUCAAGCAAGAUUCCGUUGCCGUGGAGAAAGAUGAAAACGGGCGACUUUCUUACCUCACCGAGAUUCGUCUGCGAUCAAAACGUGGAGAGUACCGUUGGUUCUUGGUCCGACUUGUCCGGGUUGAGACUGGACUGCUUGAAACAAGUGGACGUGCCUCCUGGUAUGGAACAUGCACAGAUAUCGAGACACGCAAAACUCUUGAAAGGGAACUAAACGAAGCAAACCAGAAGGUUCACUCGGAGAUGGAGUCGAAGACGAAAUUCUUUGCCAACAUGUCCCAUGAAAUUCGCACGCCGUUAAAUGGCAUUCUGGGGAGCAUGCCGUGGUUAGUCGAGUCUACUCUAGAUCAUGAUCAGAGGAGGACGGUCGAUACCAUUCAGAACAGUGCAAAUAACUUGCGCGAGCUAGUGGACAACAUUUUGGACGUGACCAAGGUGGAAGCAGGAAAGAUGGCACUGGUACCCAAGUGGUUUCAGGUUCGCACCCUCUGUGAAGAAGUCAUUGACACAGUUUCCUCUCGAGCUAUCGAACGCGGGUUGGAACUCAAUUAUCUGCUUGAGCCGAAUGUUCCAGCUACUGUCAAAGGUGAUCCGUUCAGAGUCAGACAGGUCCUCCUCAAUCUCCUCGGGAAUUCAGUCAAGUUCACCGAGCAAGGCGAGGUUUACAUGCGAUGUUUCAUUCCAGAGGUCCCAGCGACUAAUGCAGCAGAGAAUGCCGAAGCAUCAAACUAUAUUGCAUUUGAAGUUGUCGACACCGGUAGGGGCUUCAACACGAAUGAUUUCGAACGUCUCUUCAAACAAUUUGGUCAGAUAGGUGGUGGUACCAAUCAUGAGGCUGGCUCCGGUCUCGGUCUAUUUCUUUCCAAGCAGCUGGUUGAGCUGCACGGUGGUGACCUUACCGUGGAAAGCAAGGCGGGUGAGGGCUCGACAUUCAGUUUCUACAUUAGAGUCGAGAUGGCUUCUACGAGUGAGGUGACAUCACCAACACCGACUAGCAAGACAGGUCAGGCGCGCCAGAAUCCCGCUCCAGGCACAAGUCCACGCUCUCGAUCAGAUAGCCGGACUAACACGCUGGCCUCGCCUCGUCUAGGCAUGCACUCUGAGAGCAUAAUCCAGACACCCGGACUUUCGAGAUAUGUGCCUGCAGUAUCACCUGAGCACCACUCUUCUGCAUUUUCGUCUCCACCAACUUUAUCCCCGCCAGUUGUUUCACCCCCAGUCCUUCCCUCGGAGAGCUCUUCAAUGUCCGUAAGAUCAAACUCCAUCAAUACAGUUGGACAAUCCUCGAUUUCCUCCUUGAUCCCAACGCCUGAUUCUCUCCCUAUUCGGACGUCGACGCUUCUCCUGAGCGAGAGACAGAUUUUGGCCGAUAAGUCGAUGAGUUCGUCCCCGGGCAUCCGACGAAGUCAAAGUGACACACAAAGCAUUGCAAUCACAGCUGAUAUGGCUCACCCACCGACUUACUCAAUCAUGAUAAUUUGCCCAGCAGCAUAUGCACGAUUUGCGAUCAAGCAACAUAUUGAACAGGUGGUACCGUAUCAGAUUGCGGCCAAUGUGACUACUCGGCCAGAUAUUGGGUCUUUCCUAGAAUUGAUCAAUGGACCGGAGCCUCCGACUUUUACGCACAUAGUUCUUGAUCUCCCUGCAACCUCAGACAUUAUGUUGUUUAUGAGGCAGAUGGUCAACUAUACUGCUGCAGUGAUCCCUGCCCUUGUUGUGGUGACGGACCAUUAUCAGAAACGAGACAUACUUGAGGAUUUUACGACACUGACAACCAGUGGGCGGAAAGCUUUUUUGAUCCACAAACCGGUGAAGCCGUCGGUUUUUGCUAUGAUAUUCGAUCCGGCGCAGUUGAGAAAUUUAAGCAAAGAUCGGGCGAGAGAAGUGGCGCAGUCAAGCUCGGAUGACUUCAAGCAGAUUGCCAAACUUGUUAAGGAUACGAUUGGCGAUCAAAACAACCGAGUGUUGUUGGUGGAAGACAGCGAUGUCAAUCGAAUGGUGAUCCAACGGUAUUUGAAAAAGGUGUCAUUGGCCAACGACUCGGCCAAGAAUGGGCAAGAAUGCGUUGAUAUGGUUCAGAAAGGUGGUCAUGGGUACUACUCACUCAUCAUCUGCGACAUCCAGAUGCCCGUGAAGAAUGGGUACCAAGCAUGCAACGAGAUCCGGGCUUGGGAGAAAUUACAUGGAUAUACACCCUGUCCGAUUAUGGCAUUGACAGCGAAUGCAAUGCCGGAAGAGAGGAUGGCGGCAAGCAAUGCAGGAUUUACUGACUAUCUUACGAAGCCGGUGGAUUUCAACGUGCUAGGGACGAUGAUGAUGACACUAUUAGACCCGAGAGUGCCACACGUGUUCCUACGUGAUAGGCCUCCGGAAUCUUGA